AUGGCGGCAGCAGUGAAAUGGGAAAUAUCACUCAGAACUAUCUGGAAGCAUUUAUUUCCAAUCCAAAAUGGAGCUUUAUCUAGUGCUCAUCACAAAUCUACAUAUUCUUCUCUUCCAGAUGACUACAAUUGCAAGGUAGAGUUGGCUUUCACGUACGACGGCAGGACAAUAGUGUGCUACCACCCUUCCGUGGACAUCCCCUACAAACACACCAAACCUAUCCCUCAACCAGAUCUUCUGCAUAGUAACGAGGAAACACACGAGCAGAUACUGAGAACCAAGUUAGAAGGAAAUCGCAAGCAUCUUGAGCAAGGGCUCAUGACAGAACAACUCAGCAAGGUGUUCUUCACCGCAAAGCAUUGCUGGUACCCACAUGGACAGUAUCACAGACGCCGUAAGAAACUGAAUCCUCCCAAAGACAGGUGA